CUUAACGCAGUGAUUAGAGCAAUCAUAGAUGUACUCGCGGUGUUUACGUUUAAUGGUGAAACAAUAUAAUAUCGUUUCGUCAUUUAUCUAAAAAAACGACAUGUUCCGCUAUUCUUGGCUUGACACCGAAUAGCAGGCUUCUUGUUUGCAAUGGUCCCACCAUUCAAACACCGCGCACGGGCAAGUCGACAAAGUACGCCUGUAGGGAUGAAGUUAAACGAGAAUAUCAAGAUAAUUGGAACCAACAUCAUUCUGGUGCCGUACGAGAGCAAGCACGUGGAGAAGUAUCAUCAAUGGAUGAAAAGCGAAGAACUGCAGCUACUGACGGCCUCCGAGCCAUUGACGCUAGACGAAGAGUACCAAAUGCAGAAAUCAUGGCGACAAGACGAAGACAAAUUGACAUUCCUCAUCCUGGAUGCAGCAAAAUUCGAACAGAGUGGUGACGAAAUCGAAGCACUCAUCGGGGAUACCAAUAUUUUCCUACUCUCCGAGCAGGACGAUAAAGUGAAAGCGGCUGAAAUUGAAAUUAUGAUCGCAGAGCAACCGGCCCGGGGGAAACGGUACGGAUGGGAAUCCACCCUUUUAAUGUUGCAUUACGGUAUCAAGCACCUUCACAUCGAAAAGUACAGGGCCAUAACCAAAGACACCAAUGCGAAGGCAAUGCAAAUGUUCCAGAAGAUGGGUUUCUGCGAAGUGAAACGGGUCGCUGUCUUUCAGGAAGUCACCUUCGAAAAAUCGAUAGACGAUGCGUGGCUCAAGUGGAUAGAUCGGGAAGUUUCUCAACGAAUUGAACCUUAUCACUAGUGAUUAUUAUAGUUGAAAGAUUAAUCUCUUAUGUUUAAAUUGGUUCUAGUCUUUAUGAUUUCUCACGCCAAUUUCGUUCAUAGCGUAGUCUCUUGUUUUCAAAUGAUGUCUAACCUAGGCAGAGCUAUUACUUGUACUUUACUAGCAACAGCAGCAGCAUCAGUACUUCUCAAUGUAUUAUCCGCUAGUAUCUAUCUGAUCUAUAAACUACGAGACGAUUCCCAGCACAUCAAUCGAUCGUUUCGUCCAUAUUGUUUUAGCUAUAUUUGGCAGAUUAUUACAUUUCUUCUAAAAUACUAGCUCUCAGUUAGUUUGAUCUAUGGUUAUUGAUUCAUACAAUGAGCGGGAAGCAAAUUAUGGAACAAUAUGAAAUAUAUAAGAAGUGAGAGUCAAGAAGAUUGCACAACACACACGCUUUGCAUAAAUAGGUACUUCAAUACACUCCGAAAUGGUGCAAACAAAGUUGUACGGACAUUAUUUUAUUGGUGAUAAUUCUGUGGUUCGUCUUACUUACACAGGAAACAUACGCGACUUUGAGCAACAAUCAAUAAUAUUCUUGGUACUGUUGGGCUUUGUUUAUUAUUUGGUAGAGACUAUGCGCUAAACUUUCGAAGUAAACAAUUAAUUGUUUGUUAAACGGUUCGAAUUAAGUGUUUAUGAAACAAAAUGUUCAACGAUUCAAAACUAGAACGAGUGCAUAUAAGAAGGAACCAUUUUGCAGGAUCCUACGGCACCGGUCUCAUUUUGUGUUUAAUUUCUUUUAGUUGAUACAAUGGUACAAUUGAAUUAUAAUUUCCUAUCUACUUUCUUAUCUUCUAGGGAUUUAUGCCUUCUAAUAUUACACGUACCGUUGCUCAUAAUCGUCUAAUGAAUAGCUUUUUCUACAUUUUGUUCAUUUUACACUGUUCCUGUUAGAUUUAUCUGUAUCCACUAUCCGAAAAACUUUCUAAGGCUGAUAAAAACGAAAAAAGACCUGAAAAUAGGAAUCAGAGCUUUGCUGCCGAACGAACGUAUCCUCUCGAAAGUGUUGUGAGUCAAAAUCGAAAUAGAUGCAGUACUACAGACUUGUAAAUAGUUUAGGCCAAUAGAAACUUGAACAGUUCAAUACUCAUUCUUCAAAUGGGCUGAAGAGAUUUUUGCGAACAAAUUUAUUUCGCUCACGUUAUAUUAAUACGCUGCCGAGUGAAAUUUCAUGAAAAAUACACUUUGUUCCACACGGUUACCCUUCGUAGCACAAAUUGUACAAUUUUUUUGGUGCUGAAUUUGGUUAAAUUAAAUGAUUUCUUUUAAUCAGCUACGCUAUAGUUUCUUCGCAAAAUCUAUUGAGUUACACAAGUUCUGUGCUCCUCGGAAAUGGGUUUAUCUUGAUUAACAGAGUAUAGUUACGUGUGAAAAUUAUAUUUCAUCAGUUUACUGCUAUUUGCUUCACUUAUAGACUUCGUAAACGAGGUGCUAUGUUAAAGCUGUGCAUUCUAAUAACAGUUAAGAUGCUGACGAUAGGAUAUAGUUAAAGGAUCAACAUAUGUUUCUUAUUGAUGUCAUAUACGGCAUUCAGCUGAAUUCCGAAUAUUUAACUAUUAGGUGGAACUAAUAUUCGACGGCAUAAUGUUCAAAUUUUCGGUUAUAUAGUAUCAAAUAAAUUGAAUACGCAUCAAUUUUUAAAGGAUAGUCAACCUUAUUAAAUAUACCAUAUUUGCAGAAAUGUCGAGUUCUCAUACAAAAAUUCUACUUGACUUCAACAGAAUUUUGGGAAAAUCGAACAACGAGAAGAACUAAUCCGAAAUUGCAAAUAUUAUUGCUCUCGUAACCCCUCCAUUAUUAUUCGACCACGAACAUCCGUUCAAAACAUAUUCGAAAAGUUUGUUAAAACGAAGACUUUGGAGAUUGCACCAGGACGUUAUAGUAAAUCAAAACCUAACUAUACAUUGAAUGGAAAAUUGAACGGGGUUUUGUCCAUAUUUGAAAAUGCGACGGUUUGACCCCAUGUCAUACGAAAUUAUUUUUAUACCAAAUCGUAUCAUGGGAAAGUUGCUUCGAAGAAGCUUUCAAACUUGUACAAAAAUCAUAAAAUGCUUGAACUAUGUUCAAAAGUACAGUGUGGGGCCAGAACAGCUCCAGAAAAAUGUAAUUUUUACUAACAAGAGUAUAUGUAUGUAGUGUUUUUUUGGAUCUGGUGGUAGAAUUAUUACUUGGAAAAGGCCGUUACUCAUUUGGCUCUACAACAUUCACCUGAACGUCAUUCGCCCGAAAAACAUUUAUCCGAAUGACGUUUACCCGAAUGUUAUUAACCAGAAUCGACCAUUUGCCCGAACGCCAUAAACCCGAAUAGACCACUUGCACGAAUGUCAUUAACUCGAAUACCGCAUUCACUCAAAUAUUACAUAAAAUCAAAUCAAACGGGCGGAAAACACCAUUCAUAAAUUACGUAACACUUUUGGAUUACGACAAAUUGUGACAUAUUAUAACAUAUGGGGUAGAAGUAAGCUAGAACGUUACGUAACAUGUUUUGAGAAACGCAAAUUUUUGAAGGAAUUUGUUACGUAAUAAGGGAGGGGGGAUAGAAAAAUUUAUGACAAUUUAUUACAUGGAGGAGUCAAUGUUGAGCAAUUUUUGCGUUACGUAAUUUAUGAAAGGUCUCAUACUAGAGUCCAAAAAGCAAGCAUACUUCAAUAGCCAUUCUCUCAGUUUGCAUUGCUUUGGUCACUUCAUAAAAUGUCGGAUAGUGAAUUGAUAUUGCGAAAUUUUAUAAACGAAGAAUUGAUUUUCGAACCGUGUUGCUUAUAACAGUAGGGAAGAUCGGGGCUAGCUGGUGGUGUUUCAGUUUUCAUUUUUUACCGCUUUGAUUUUGGUAGAUCUUACAAAAUAGAACACAUUGCAUGAAAGGGCAGACUAUUGGCAACAUCUCUGAAUUUUAUUAAAAUGAUUGAUACGUGCGUUGUC